CGGGAGGGAGGUUGGAGGCACUCAUACAAGCGAGGGAGAGGCUGUGUCGGCGCUGCCAGCCAGUUUACCGUUGCGAGGCGCGUAGUGCGGCCGGACGCUGGACCGCCACCCGCGCGCCGCCGGCACCCCGAAGCUCUCCGCAGCCGACACCCUGGACUGUCCCAGGACCCACUACCCUGUGCUCCCCCACGCGGACGCCUGUUCAUGAACACGACCCUAGUCGCGUUCGCUUGCUCACAGACUAAGUGCUACGACUCGUGCUUAUUUCACUGGAGUGUUAAUCCGAUUUCAGAAUAUUUAUUGGAUCGCUUCAUCAUAGACGAAGAUAUAAACACGUCAGGUGUCACAUCAAACUAAAAGAUUGACUACGCUUCUUGACUUCAAACCACAAAACAUCAUGGAUAUGGUCGAUUGCUUUAUCUCUGCCAAGAGCCUGAAUUAAGUUCUCGAUCAUCAAGGAUUAGGGUUGGGGUGAAUAAUGGGAAAAAGGAACGUACGGAUCAAGUUCGCACACUCGAUUGGUCCGCCGAUUGACUCGAGCACGUUGGGCACGUCCGAGUAGCACCCCAGCCCGCGCCCCGCACUCUCGCACUCUCAGUUACCGACGCUCUAGCGACUGCCAAUAAAGUACAAGUCAUACCGGGUUAUUCACUUAUUUAAAUUUAGAUAUAUUUAUUGUAGUACAAAGAUAAACUGAACACAAACUUUACGAGCUUGAUGUAGCAAAACUGACACGAGAACAAACCGAGUAGUCGUCCUCGGUUGUUAAUGAAACGGUAGUCAUGACGGCCACUGCCCCAGAACUGUCAAAGUCGGAUUUCUUUGAUUUCGUGACAUCCAACGAGGUUACUGAUGCCCAGUACAAACAACAGAUGCGUUCUGUUAAUGUGUUCAUGGAAUCACCUGACUCGAGGUCAAACCCACUGCUCUCAGAAGAGCCCAAGGAACAGAACAAUAACAGUUUACUCAGCGUAAGUGGCACGCAGGUCGGCCCCAACAGCGGGAUGGCCACAGCUACCACUUCCACUACACUGCAGAGUUUCGACUCUAUUUGGAACGUGGACCGUGAGCGCGAUCGCUUAGACAACACCAUGUUGGAGGAUCUCAACAAGUUUUACUGGAACCAGGACAACGACAUUAAUGGUACGCAUCCCUGCGCGGAUACGGCUAUUUCUAAUAAAUUAAUAAACAACACGGAUGGACAAAUUUAUACAUUGACUGUAUUGAAUCAUGACAUGACGGAGACCAGUUCGAACCGAUACUGGGCUAAAGAGGAAGACGUGUCUAUGUCAAGCCCUACAGACAUAGAAACACAUAAUUCACUUGAUCUCGAAUCCAUAUUGAAUAUGAAUGGCUUUCCUAAUGACUUCAAUCAAGAUUUACCUAAAGUUGAGGGUUUUACUUACGAAGAGGGUGAUUCAGAAAGCCAACAUGCGGAUUUGAGUACUAGUGAUUUAGUGAAAGUAGAACCCUAUAGUUAUGAAGAAGGAGAAUUCCAGAGCAGUGACAAGAAAGAAGAGUCGCAUAGUUCAUCGUUACUCGUUACGCCAGCCUUAUUAGAAAGUCAAGUAGAAUUUAAUAACAAUAACAAUGAUUGGAAAAUUACUGAUCAAAACACAGAAUCAAAUGAAUCUUUGCUCAGGAGCGCGUUACAAGGAAAAGCCUUUAUUAGAUAUAGUACUAUUCAGAAAAAUCCUGUGAAAGUCGAGGUUACCAAUGACUUGAAAAGGGCUAUUACGACAAAUAACAACAAACCUGAUGUUCCGUCAAUGUAUCAAGACAGCAAAGACGAACUCUUAAUGCAAAUAUCGCCACAAAAUCGGUUGAAUAUAUCAAUACUCUUGGAAGACCCUAACUCUGUCGUAUCUAAUGGAGAAAAUCCUUCAUCAACGCAGAGUGUAGACGACAUUCUACUGUCGCGGCUCGAUACUAACUACCCGGAAGACUACGAAAAGUUGAAAAGGAUAGCAACGGAACUUGGAGAAUCUAUGCAACCGUUUUGUACCGUGGAACCUAUUGACCCGACGCGAAGUGUAUAUAACAUUCAUCACGUCAACGGUGAACUAGUGACCAUGAUCCCAGCCGGAGAAGUCCAGCUAAACCAACACCUGCAAAUAGUAACAGCUUCGCCAACCGUUACUAGCACAAAGCCGGGCAACAGAAGAUACAAGAAACCACAGAACAAGAACCCAGCACCGACGACGCAAGCGCAGUCGGGUACAGCUAUACAAGCGGCGACCUCUACGUCAAAUGGAGUGAGAAAAGAGAGAUCUCUCCACUACUGUUCCAUUUGUUCCAAGGGGUUCAAGGACAAGUACUCAGUGAACGUGCAUGUGCGGACGCACACGGGCGAGAAACCUUUCACGUGUUCUUUGUGUGGCAAGAGCUUCAGACAGAAAGCGCACCUUGCCAAGCACUACCAGACGCACAUCGCACAGAAGAGCGCCGCCGCCAACGGCGCCGUCAAACCCAACAAGCAGAGGUAACGCGCGCAUGCGCAUGCGCCCGCGCCACCUUGCACUCCGCUCACACCCCAUUGAUAGUCAAUUGAACUUUAUCAUGGUGAUAUAAUAACAAAUGUAUUUUCUUUUAAUCGAUACUUAAAGGCUGAAAAUAUCACAGAUGAAUUUGGUAAGGUGCUAAUAACGUAAUAAUUUAUAGAGAAAUAAGACAGUUACGAAAGAGAGAUGUGAAGGUUCUCGGCCGAUAAUCUUAUUUGUUAAUUUGUAUGUAAUGCCGCCCGUUACCGUAGACAGUUUAGCUUUAGCUAAGAACAGAUAGAUACUUUUAAGUGUUUUACAAGAUUAUAUAGAAUUGACUUACAUUCCAUAUUUAUUAGUCAUAAAUACUAGUUUACGUACGUUAGAAGUCAUAUCUUUAAACAACAUUUAUGCAUUUUGGUAUAAGUAGGUAGAUAGCAGACACUAACUAUUAGUAAUGUGGCCCAUGUUAUAGAAUUUGUAUAAAUUGUGGAUUAUCGAGGACGAGUCGCGGGUAACAUCAGAUAGCAGUGAACAAUGAUGAGCACCGCUGGUGUUAGUGGUCGCCGCAGCGCCAGCGCCGCAGUAAUUUCUCCCGCUAUGCGACCGACUGAACUUUCUAAAAUAAAAAGACUAAAAGAACAAGUAUUCAGAACCCAGCAUCUUUCACCGCUCAACUAUCGCAUCUCUUUGCUGUGCUCCUCUCGGUUUGAACAGUGAUUUUAUUUUUUCGAACGUGGCCACACUAUUAUUUUUCGACAUUUCUAUUUACUUAGUAAGUCUGCGAUGUUUCCGAUAACGCUCGGUACAAAAAGUUGAAUACUCGCGCUAUUAUUAUAAUGUACUGUUCGUAAAUUGGAACGUAAUAGCUUGUUCGGGACGGGAGGGACCAUUAUUCGAGUGUCCAUAUCGGACGACGCGACGCAGUGAACGGUUUCUCAUUCCCAAUAUUACAUCUUUCGCCUCAUACUGGGAGAGGCUUGAUUGCCCUCAGAUUGCUAUAAAUUAUAAAUACAAGUGGUGUUUCAAUCGCGGUCUUUAAAAUGUGCUCCCUUUCUCGUCUAACAAAUUGGCCUUUCUUUGUUCCGUCUGUGUUUAUAACACAGGGCCGCGCCCUGUUAUUAUUUAUAUACGUGCACAGCGCCACUGACCGGUACCUAGGUAGCUAUAGCUAUUCUUUUAGACAUUGUUCGCCGUCGGACACCUAUGUAAGCACUCAUUUUAUGUCUUCCCAUUAUUAGUUACCAGUUAUUAGCCAUGAAACAGUUAUCUCGAGUAUGAAAGUGCAUGAAAGUACCGUGCAUGCCUACCUUCCACUUAGUGAAAGUAAUUACCUAAUACGAGUAUAGACAUCAUUCUAAUCUGUUUCACUGACAUUUUCAGAUACCUUUCUAAGCAGUCAGGUGUUUUGUGGUCUCUUUGCGUCCUCCGGCCAUUUGUAAACAAUGCUAUUGAUAUUCGUUUUUCAUUUGAUUAUUACGUUAUUUCAUUUCAGUAACACCUACAGUGUACAGGUCGCCCAUAGUUUUGUGAAAGCGCUUUCUUUUCCAUCCAAAACAAAAAGGAAAAAGCAACAACCUCCCGUCAUUUGUUUCUACGAGUGUAAUUUGAAAAAUACAUUCUUACAAUGGGAGGCAAUGUGCUCAAUUAUCAUUAUUAUCAUCAUCUGAUUACCAUUAUAGUUCAGUAUCAUAGCGAAAAUUAGCAUAAAUUGACUGGUACCGAGACGUGGAAUGAUAUAAUCGACAUUAGUGAAGUCAUUGCCUAAAUAAAGCCUAUUUGUAUUUUGUUCUAUUUUUAUUCGUACUUGUAAAUGUGUUUCAUAGUCGGAAUUUCCGAUAGGUGUGUUAUCAAACCUAAUAAUUUUAUAAACAUGACACGAGAUUUAAAAUUAUUCUAGUAUUGAGAGUACCUUGGUUGCUGAUCGGUGUAACAAAACCAAUAAAUACGUUAAUAGGCUAUAUCAUGCAGUGUCUAUUACAAUAGUUCAAUUAUGUACCGUGAUUGAAAUUAAACCACCGGAAUUAAGGUCAAGUUAUAAUAUUUCGGCCUCCGCACGUCAGGCGCGCGGUAUCACACACAAUGUCAUUGCGGCACGACCUAGUCAUUUUUUCCAUUAAACUAUUCCAUUAGGCGUCUUUUGAAGCCAAUUUAGCUCGACCUGAACUGUUCUCAGGCUAAUUUGUGAACUGAAAGUGUACAAGGUAGAUCAUAAUUAUAGGUUUUCCCUGUGUAAAACCUUAGCUGAUUCUACACUAAUUAAAGUAAUAAAGUGUCUCUGUCGGUUGGUCCUCCGUCCCAAAUAACAAGUUAUAUUAAAUACUAAAAUAUCUACCUACGUGUAUACCGAUUUGUUAAUUUUAGAUACCACUCUAGUAGCUUUGAUACUGGCAACUGUAAUUAUGUUUACACUAACCCGGAUACUACAAAAUCAAAUAGACCUUUUAAAUGAACUAGCAGUUUCUGAAACCGUGUUAUUAAAUAGGAAAACAUUAAUAAAACAAUGUUGUAAAUCAACAAAUUAAUUAAACUCCACAGUUUUAUUAAAAGAUUUAUAGAUGCAGAUAUCAAAUCAAUGUACCUAUUUAUGUUUUAAAACGUAAUUUGUUCGUUAGAUAUACAGUAUUUCUAAGAAUUCGUUUGUAUUCAAACAUCUCUUCAGCGUUGUUUUGGUACUGCAGUAAUUUUUUUCAGUUACGAGUGUAUUACAAGUUGCCGAUGUAAAUAUGCAUCUUGCCAGUAGCAAUACUAUGAACAAAGAAUGUUCAGUAUUUAGCUAUUUGAUAACGAACACUGCCCCUUGACGCUCCUGUAUGAUUGUGACACUGUCGAUGUGAACGUAAGUGGAAGUCUCGCUAGUGUUGCUAUACUCCUGAGUCUCAAUCUCGAUCCCUUUAAGUAUUUCGGUUUAAUUUAAGAUAACUUUAUAUGGACGCUUUAUAAGUAGUUAAUAUUACUAUUCAAAGGAGAAACUACAUAAGUACAAGAAAGCUUUCAUUAUCUGUGUACAUUGGAAUUGUAUUAGGCAUGCGCUCGCGCCGCGGCACAUCUAAAUUACUUUUCAGACUGAACAUUGUACCUACACCCUCUCCUCGGCCCGUACGUACAUGAAGCUUUCUACUGAGAUUGUCGUGAAUAUGUUUGAAGUAUAGUUGUAAAGCCAGAGGAAACUCUUUAACAAUACUCAUUAUCUUGUAAAUAUGUAACAUGAAUGAAUUUUAUAUUAAAGUUGACUUUGAAAGUAAAUUUUAUACUCUACCACUUGUAUCUCAUUAGAUGGUAUUUGAAUUACUAGCGAAUUUAUAGUUUUAAUAAGUACCUAAAUAAGAAACAUUGAGAGAUUUACCAGAUUACUUUAAGAUACUAUGGCUACCUUCAUAAAUUAUGUGAGUGCAUAAAUGGUUGUUAAUAUAUUCAUGUAAUAUAUUAAAUUAUGUUGGUUUUUGAGUACAUUAUUUUGAAAAGGUUUAUUAUUGAAAAGGAUAAUAUUGAUUGAUUUUUAUUGCAUUUGUUCCUGAGUUGAUUAUUAGAUUUUAUUGAUAAUUAUGUCUCGUUUAUAAGGUUCUAUGAGUAAUUAUUGCAUGGAUAAUUUAAUUUUAUAUAGUAUCGGAGUUGUUAUAAGGGAGACGUGGAUGACUCGCUACACUCGAUGAUUUCUAAUGUGGAAUACAUUGUAAAUACUGUUUAUUUAUUUGAAGUCGCUCCUCGGCUGACGAGGGCAGCGCUGUCGGCUCUUAUUUCAUAUCAAUUAACAUUAUAUUAAUUCACCCUUUCUACCUACUUUACUUAAUCAUAAACCUAGAUGUACAACUCAUUGGACUUCUUACAUUUUUGUCAUUAAGUUAACUUGAGUCGAGUAAAGGUUUGUCUACGUCGCCCUUAAGCUGAGCCGUCCUGUACAAUACUUCAUUAUUUAUUUUUAGAAUUAUAUUUAAGGUGAAGAAAAUAUGAAAACAAAAACAUAAUUGUAUUUUGAUUAACCGGAGCUGUGAUUUUUUGCUUAUCUGUAUAUCUAUUAGACAGUGCGGGUAGCUUAACAGCUGACCGGGCACUGGUUCAAUCACUGAGGUCUUCCGAGCGCUACGCCAGCCGAACCAUGCUAUUGCGCCGCCACUAAACCUGUUGCAAUACGAAUACAUUUUAAUACAUAUAACGAGAUCAUAAAAGCAUACAUACAUAUAAUUAUAUUGAUCAUUACAAAUAUUGAUAAAAUUACCACAUUAUACUUUGUAUUGGGUUUUCCCUCCAUCCGUCGAACUGACAAUUUGCAAGACAAGUCACGCUUUCGUGUUUCACAUAUUAGCAGUGAACUUCCUAGAAGUUGAAAUCCAGUAUUGAACUUAGAAUGUAAAACCGGAAUGACUGUAGUCGAAUGGAAUACCUUAAUGAACAUUGACAUCUGAAAAGUUUUUUAUAAAUGGUUUAGUGAGGCGCGCAGUAGCAUCGGUCGCGGACGCUAGUGCCAGACAUAAUGUCAGAUUAGAUCUGGUCACGUUAAAUCAGUAUCACACCGUAAGGUACGUGUAAUAUAAUAAAUGUAGCUACCAUAAUUUUUUACAACAUUUACAGUUUUAUAAUGAAUUUCUUAUAUUUUUACUUUCCUAUGUUAGUUUGCUAAUAAAAUGUUUUUUUUAUAUAA